AUGAAAACCGUCGGCGUUUUCCCCGCCUCAGGGGGUCUGGCAGGCAGCACGAUCACUCAUCUGCGCAAAAUAUUCCCUGAUGACCAUCUCAUUUUCAUCAGCCGUCAUCCUGAAAACCAGCCAGCAGAGUACUCGCAAGGCGGUGUCCGUCUUCGCCAAGCAUCCUACGAGUCUUCGCCGCAGGAGUUGGAAAAAUCGUUCAAAGAUGUUGACGUUCUGUUCCUCAUCUCAUACCCAAGUCACGUCCGUGACUACAGGGUCCAGGUUCAAAUCCCAGCUGUUGACGCAGCCGUGAAGGCUGGCGUCUCUCACAUUUUCUAUUCAUCAUUGGCAUUUGCUGGCCCUGUGUCAAGCAGCUUGUCCAAGGCCGAGGUGAUGCAGGCGCACCUGGUGACCGAGUCUCACCUGAAGUUUCUUGCUGCCAACAAGCCAAAAUUCACUUUCACAGCCAUCCGGGAGGGUCUCUACUCAGAGUCGUAUCCCAUUUACACGGCCUUUUUCGAUGCAGCAAAUCCAAGCUCGGAGAUCCGCAUACCGCACGACGGUAAAGGGCCCGGUGUGGCAUGGGCCAAACGUGAUGAACUGGGAGAGGCGACGGCUCGACUCAUUGCACAUUAUGCCGGCGCGCACAUGGCAGAUCUGGAGAGCAUUGAUCUAGAAAAUCAAAUACUGCUCUUGACUGGCCCGAAGGUGUGGACACUCGAGGAGACGGUAGAGCAGCUGAGCAAAUGUGUAGGGAAACCGGUCGCGAUACACGAGGUCAGCGUGGACGAGUACGUUUCGCAACUGCAAGUCAUCGCCGUCUUUGGAAGUCAAGAGAAGGCGACGACAUGGGCUACUGCCUGGGCGGCUAUCAAGGCUGGAGAGACUGCGGUGGUCACGCCGUUGUUGGAGCAGGUGCUGGGUAGAAAGCCGGAAGAAUUUGACGUCACGCUCAAGAACUAUCGAGGGGCAUCUCACGAAUGA